ACUACACGGAUCCAGAGAGUGAGCCUCAAAUUGUUGCCAUCGUGCUGUGAGUCUCGAGAUGUGAGUGCGGAAUUAGUAGAGAGUCAUCCGUGAUCGCGUGAGGAGGAAGAGUAAAGUUGGACCACUUUAAAAUUUUGUCUUUUCUGUAUCUUCAAAUAGUUUUCCCUGGUGUAUUUUACGGAUAAUUAACUAGUGUGUGAAAAAAAAAGAUCUUACAGUGGAGUUUAAUAAAUGAAAAUUCAGAAAAGGAGAAAAAGAACCAAAUAACACAAAUAUUGGAUUGAAAAAGUGAUCAAAGGAUUAAAAUACUAAGGGUUUAAUAAUUGGGGUCAAAAUUUGAAAUCUUAAAAAAAGUUACAUCUUCUUAGUAAUUUAUAGCGUUUUGCGCCACUAUACACAUCAAUAAUGUCCAAAACAUCGAAUGGGUCGAUAUGUAUGCAAUUUUUCAAGAGAAAUUUACUCACAAUAUUAACUAUUGUGGGUGUAUUUGGUGGCACAAUUGUGGGACUUCUAUUAAAAAUGGGCUCAGAAGAGUGGACACCACGUGAAGUUAUGUAUCUUCAAUAUCCAGGAGAUCUCUUUCUACGAAUGCUCAAAUGUCUCAUAGUACCAUUGUUAGUGUCAUCCAUAACUAGCGCUAUUGGUGCCUUAGAUUUAAGUAUGUCUGGAAAAAUUGCCACCAGGGCAAUUGUCUACUACUUUACUACAACCAUUUGUGCUGUUAUACUCGGCAUUAUCCUUGUGUGUUCAAUUCGACCAGGAUCUGGAGGUAUGGUCAAAGAAAGUGGAAAAGGUUCUGUCCCUAGGCAAGUGUUAACAGCAGAUACCCUUUUGGAUCUCGUGAGAAAUCUCUUUCCACCCAAUUUAGUCCAAGCGACAAUAUUCCAAUAUCGUACAAUUUUGGUGCCACCCCCUAACGCUACAAAUGUUGCCCUCCAAAAGUAUCAUAUCACAUCGGAGUUUACCCAGGGCACCAAUGUUCUUGGCCUUGUGAUGUUUAGUGUUGUUCUCGGUGUGACCAUCGGCAAAAUGCGAGAGACCGGAAAGCCGCUUCAGGAGUUUUUCACUGCUCUCAGUGAGGCCAUGAUGAUUAUUACUUCUUGGGUGAUUUGGAUUUCUCCUAUUGGUGUAUUCUUCUUAAUAAUGUCCAAGAUAUUGGAAAUUGAGUCUUUCGGUGCUAUGAUUGAACAAUUGGGCUUUUAUUUCUUAACUGUCAUGUUAGGUUUAUUCCUUCAUGGAUUUGGAACAAUUGCUGUUUUGUUUUUCCUUGCUACAAAACGACUUCCAUAUGGAUAUGUGGCAAAAAUGGGACAUGUGUUGGCUACAGCUUUUGGUACCGGAUCGAGUUCUGCCACAAUGCCGAUCACUAUUGGAUGUCUUGAUGAUAUGGGAAUAGAUCCGCGUGUAACGAGAUUUGUGAUUCCUGUGGGAGCUACUAUUAACAUGGAUGGUACUGCUUUGUAUGAAGCCGUGGCUGCGCUCUUUAUUGCCCAACUACGUGGUAUUUCUCUAACAUUUGGCCAUAUCGUCGCUGUAAGUGUUACAGCAACAGCAGCAUCUAUUGGGGCAGCAGGAAUUCCUCAAGCUGGACUUGUGACGAUGGUAAUGGUUUUAGAUACCGUAGGACUUCCCGCUGAAGAUGUUACGAUAAUUAUUGCAGUUGAUUGGCUUCUUGAUCGCUUCAGGACGACAAUAAAUGUGAUGUGUGACGCAUUGGGAACAAUUCUCGUCAAUCACUUGUCACGAAAAGACCUCAAAACUGAUUUGGACAGGAUCGAUGCUGAGCCACAUGAACUCCAAGAAUUAGGUGCUGGUGACACACAAAUAAAAGAAUAGAAAAAAUCCCACGUGUACAAAGACAUAUUAAAGAAGAGCUUGAAAGUUUAUUUAAGGACUUGUAUAUAUACUUAAAUUUUUUUUUCAAAAUCCGGUACGUCAUAAUUUUAAGGAAGACAUUAUGUUCUUGGUGAAUAUUGAAAUAGUCGUUUGAAAAUGAUUUUUUUUACAAACUUUUACAUUCACAUUUUUGCACUCUAUUCUCACUCAUUAUAUUAAUUCAUUUUAAGCGACCUUUUUAUCUUUUUUUUAAUGUAUUGUAGUGAAAGAACUUUAUAACUAAAAAACUAAGCAUAAAUAAUAUUGAAUAGUAAAUAAAGAGAAAACAUAAAUUUAGUGAAAAUAACUAUGUGUUUAAAACGAAAUGUUAAUGAAAUGGUAUGAAUAUUUUGAUGAUUAAGAGAAAUUCUUUAUGUAAUGUAUCAAAGAAAAAGUGGAAUUUACCUAUUUUUUAAAUGGCAAGUUAUGUGAGAAUAAUUGUUAAAUGGAAUUACAUUUGAUGUUUCUAUUCCAUUGCUAUAUUUAUUCCGAAUAAGUGUGUUCGCCAUGAUUGAGGCAAAAAUCGCGAGUCUUCGCUAGACUUUAAUAUCUAUAAAUGUUGGUAAACUUUGCUAGAGAGCUUUAUUGAAUAGGAUUGUUCUUUUUGCGACCAUGUAUUUUCCUUAAAAGCCCUAAAAAUAUAUAUGAAAUGUAGUAAUUUGUAGAGAAAUAAAAUUCUGGAAGAAAGGUGUAGACGAAGAAAAGCACAAUACCAAUAAAAAUGUUUGGUUGAGAAAA